CUUCUGCCCCCUAGAGCCUCAUGGCCACACGGCUCACCUGUACCAUGCGCCUGCCUCCCUCCCGCGCCCUGUCUGUCUCAGGCUGUAGUCCGGGGAUCUGGUGCUGGGGGGAAACCAGCAGCCCCUUUUGCCCUCAAACAGGAACCAGUGGUUGGAGGGCAGGAAGUGCCUGAGAGGAAGGUCUGAGCCCAGACUCCUCCGUGCCCCACUUCACUGCAGCCCAGCAGGCCUGCUCUCCGGGCCCCACAGCUGAGGGGCACUGGGCACUUCCUCUCUGCUCCCCACCAGUGUCACCCGCCCCACCCCUCCACCUCCCCUUCUCGCUGUGUGGCACCCAGACUCCCCAGUGCCAGAGAGGCCCCUCAGACAGCAGGAGGGCCUGGGCUGGGCAGAGCUGGCCCUGGGCCUAGCCCUUCCACUUCCGGCAGGAUGUCCUCAUCUGGGAAAAGGGCACCGUAACUCUCACGCUGCCGGUGAGGAUGAGGGCCUGCUCAGAGUUAGCACACAGGCGAGGCUCCUCAGCAAGGAAGGGCUGUGACAGGCCUCACAGAUGAGGAACUUGAGGACAGUGACUAAUUCCGGCCAGAGGGCCAGGCGAGGGGAGGCCAGCUGAUGUCAGCCUGCAAUGGACAGUGGCGGUUGCUCCUCGUGCUCCUACCUCUACUGGGCCUUGGGGCUGGGCGGGCUCCUGCUGCUGCUCCUGCUCCUCAGCAUUCUGGCCGCCUGCCUGUGCCGGCUCCAUCGGAGAGUGAGGAAGCUGGAGAGGAGCUGGCGCCUCUGCCUGCCCAGCCCCCGGAGCCCGAGCUGCACUACGCGUCGCUGCAGCGGCUGCCUGCGGUGCGCGGCCACAGUGACGGGGACGGCGUGGAGGAGGACGCCGGCGCCAGCACCGACUACGCCUGCAUCGCGGAGAAAAAACCCACCUGAGCCGCCAGACGCCCUCGCCCUGGCCCCGGGUGGCGGUCAGGGUCGCCCUGGGCUCACCCAGUAAAGUCCGUGAUCUCGCGCUC